GUAAAUAAACAAAAACGUGACCGACAACCAUCAACUGGAGUGAUUUGUUAUUUUUUUUCGUAUCAAUUAAUCUAACAAGCUUAAUAAUCUACUAUUUCCUCAAAAUAUUACAUAAACUCAGAGUCUCGUAUUCUUAACUCGGGAACACAAUUUAAUUUCCAACUGUGAGAUGGGAGAACCUACAGACGUUUCUAAAAGGUUGGCAAGGUGGUAUUUUGGUGGUAUUGCCAGCGCUGCUGCAGCAUCUUGCACACAUCCUCUUGAUUUAUUAAAAGUUCAUCUUCAAACUCAACAAGAAGGUAAAAUUGGAAUUGUAAAAAAUACAACUAAUAUUAUUAGGAAACAAGGAAUUCUAGCCCUAUACAAUGGUUUAAGUGCAUCACUAUUGCGACAGCUGACUUAUUCUACAACUCGGUUUGGGGUUUAUGAAGUUGUGAAGCAAAAUAUUAGUGUACCUGGAGAAAAUAUUCCAUUUUACAAAAAAGUUUUGUUGGCAGCUACAGGUGGAGCGAUGGGUGGAUUUAUUGGUACGCCUGCAGAUAUGGUCAAUGUUAGGAUGCAGAAUGAUAUUAAACUUCCUCUUGAACAGAGAAGAAAUUACAAGCAUGCUAUCGAUGGCUUAAUUAGAGUUUAUACCAAAGAUGGAAUUAAGAAACUAUUUUCAGGAGGUUCUACAGCUACUACUAGAGCAAUGCUAAUGACUAUUGGGCAGAUAUCUUUUUAUGAUCAAAUAAAACAGACGUUGUUACAAACAUCAUAUUUUGCUGAUAAUCUUGUUACACAUUUUGCUGCUAGUGUCAUGGCUGGUGCAAUCGCCACUACUCUAACUCAACCUUUAGAUGUUUUGAAAACACGAACAAUGAAUGCCAAACCAGGAGAAUAUAGGAACUUGUUACAUUGUAUAUCAGUUACAGCAAAACUAGGUCCUUUAGGAUUUUACAAAGGAUAUGUACCUGCCUUUGUUCGUCUUGCACCACAAACUGUUUUGACUUUUAUAUUCUUUGAACAACUUAGACUUAAAUUUGGCUUUGUACCAAAAGCUUAGUUCCUCAGUUGCAAAAAUAUUUGCUUUAAAAUAUGUUGUAAUACCAUAUGCAAUAAAUCAUUUAUUUGGUUCUCUGUUAAAAAUAUAGUGAGAAGUAGUUAAAGAUUGUUCCAUUCCCAUAACUAUGAUACAAAUUUAGAGUAUAUGUCAGAAUUUCCAUUUUUUCAAUGUUUGUUUUUAAUAGAAAAUUUCAUUCCUAUAUUUUAAAUGAUUUGUUAUGUAUCAAAUUGUUAAAUAAUUUUUUCCAAUUUGAUACAAUAUUUGUUAUUGUUGUUAUGACUUCUUUCAAUGGAGAUAAUAAAUAACCAGCAAUAUAAUUUUUAAAUUAGUUUUUAGAUGUCCAUGAAAGAUUUUGAAAUAAAAAUUAUUUAGUGAAGGUUUCAGAAUUAGGAAUAAAAAUUUUGUCUAUUGUUGAAAAUAUCCUAUAUUUUUAGUGCUCUUAGUAUUUCUUCGUUUAUAGUAUAAAAUUUUUUUCAUCUUCAGCUAAGUUUUAUAAACAUCUGAUGUAAUAUUUUUUUUCUCACAUAAAUUGAGGAGUUAAAAUUUUUAAUUUCAACUUUUUAUUCAAUCUUCAAAAUUUUUAAUAAAACUUUAAACAGAAAAUGUUGUUCUAUAUGAAAAAAUAAUUAUUAUUAAUUUGAUAAGUAUAAUUAAUUUUGAAUUACUAUUGAAGAAAAAGAGAGCACAUCUUGGUUUAGUUCUCUAAAAUCUAAAUUGAAAUCUGGAAAAAAAAUCUAGUUUGUUAAUUGCUUAUAAUAGUUGCAUAAUAUUUUUGGUAUUCCUAAAUGAUAAAAAUCUUUUUCUAUACCAACCCCAUUGUAUAAGAAAUAAAUAUUUAUUAACUUAUUUUCAAACGCUAUAAAAAAUUGCAGUUUUGUAUUUUUGAAAAUGUGCAGUUUUAUAGUUUAGUCUUUAGAAGAAUUAAAUUGAAAUUAUUGUAUGCAUUGGGUAAAAUUAAACUGUGCACAGUAUGUCUAUUUUAGAAGAAAAAAAAACUGCAUCAAAUUUUAAUUGGCAUUUAUGAAAUUGUACAAACCAGUUUCUCCACAAGAACUGUUUUUCUAAUUGUUAUGAAAUUAAAAGGUUAUUUAAUAUUUACAAAAGAAAAUAUCGUAUAUUGCCAUUUCAAAUGUCAAAAUAAUUUAAAAUAAAAAAAACUGUACUUUACCUAAAAACAGCACAAGCAGAAGCGAAUAAAUUUUUUAUUUAU